AUGGGAGAGGCAGAGAUUAGGAUUGCCGCCAUCUUCCGCAAACCAGGAGAGAACAACUCGGACAACGCGAUGAUUUCCAUCUACCCGUUCGGUGACGAGUACUUCGCCUUCACCGAGAGCCCCAUAAUUCACAAGAUCGACCCGCAGACGUUGGGAACCGAAUCGAAGCUGAACGUUUCCGACUACGUGGGAAUAGUCAACCACACAUCCCACCCCCAUGUCAUGUCCGACGGUACCGUUUACAAUCUGGGCUGUUCGGUAACCAAAACAGGACCAGCUUAUACAAUCAUCUGUUUCCCGCAUGGCGAGAACAUGUUCGAAAAUGCCCGCAUCGUGGCGUCUAUACCGGCCCGUUGGAAGUUUCACCCCGGGUAUAUGCACACGUUUGGAAUCACGGAGAAUUUCUUCAUCGUGGUCGAGCAGCCUUUGAGUGUUUCCGUGCCGUCGAUGCUGGUAAGCCAAAUUAAGAACGAACCGAUGGCUUCAUCGUUGAAAUGGUUCGAAAAUCAACAGACCUACAUCUAUUUGUUGGAUCGCGAUAGCGGAGAACUGAAACACACAUACCAUGCCGAGUCAUUCUUCUACCUCCACAUCAUCAAUCAGUACGAAAAGGGUGGCCACGUGGUUUUGGAUAUAUGCUGCUACAAGGACCCUGCCAUGCUCAACGGUAUGUAUAUUGACACAAUGAAAAACAUGCAGCAGAACCCGUAUUAUGCAAAGAUGUAGGGUCGACCCUUGCGAUUCGUACUGCCACUGAACUACAAACAAGAUUUGAAAAGCUCUACGACGAGUAUUUUUUCCGCAGCUCGACCAUGGGCCUGCUUGAUCAAGAAACUCAGCAUAACCGACUUCAGUGAAAAGAAGCAAAGCGAAGAAAACUGUAGAGAUCUCACCCUGAAGAAUCUAAUCACUAAGGAUGCAAACAAUCCUGGCACUCUGAGUAAAGUGGACGUAAUAAACAAGUCUUGGCUUACGUGGUGUGAGGAAAAUGUUUAUCCGAGCGAACCCAUCUUUGUGCCAAACUCCAACCCACAAUCGGAGGACGAUGGCGUGGUCCUGGCGGCAAUGGUUUGGGGCCGCGAAGAGGAAAAUCGAGUCGGAUUGCUAAUUUUGGACGCCAAAACAUUCACCGAGAUUGCACGAAGUGAGUUCACGACACCGGGACCGGUGCCCAAAUGUCUGCACGGGUGGUUUCAAUCGUCAUCGAAAUGAGCUGAUUAACAACGCACUCAUGGGUCAGAUAGUGUGAACACGGCGAAUAAACCAAUCAAUCGAUUUUCCCUUUCAGCUCUGCGCUGCUAUGUGUCUAGUGAUUUGAUGUUUAUUGCAGACAAAUGUGCUCAAUUAUGCAUGCAGACAUUAUCAUCUAGCAUGAUGAGUAUAUUUGAAAUUGCUGUAUCGAUG